CUCGCCUGGAUCCUGCCUUAGUGGGGUCGCGGUAACCGGUUAAAGAAAUUCUGCAAACAAACCGCUCAUCACCAGGGCCCUCCCACGGCGGGAGAGAAAAGUAGCUUUGGCGGGAAAGAAGGGGGCGGGCACAGGGCGGCGGAAGGGGUGGAUGCAAGUUCUGUGCUUGGCUCCGCAGGGACACAGACUGGUCCACACGACCUUCCAGGAGUCCUCGGAGGAAACCCACGCUGCCCCUCAGCAAUCCGGGACUUGCAAGCGGUGGGCGGACAGCCCAGUGACUCGCGCGCCCGCCCGGACUCUCCGACUUUCCCCGGGACACGCCGCGCUCGGCCCCGGAAGCCCAGGCACUGGGCGCGCUUUUGGAGUCCCGGGCGCUCGCUCGCUCGCAUCUCCACGCUCGGCGACACGCCCCUCUCGGUGCUGCGACAUGCCUCGGAGGACCCGCCAGGAGGUGGACGCGACGCUGCAGGUGGCCAAGCUGAACGCCGCCGAGCUGCUGCCCACGGUGCACUGCCUGAGCUUCGGCCCCGGCAGCAGCGGCGCGGCCGCCGGCGACUUCUGCCUGCUGGAGCUGGAACCCGCGCUGUGCCAGCAGCUGGAGGCCGGGCACAG